AUGGCGGAACCUGCUGGGCUGAACAUUACGUCGUCCCGCCAGCUGUGUCCUGACAUCCAACUGUCCUACCCCAACGCCGUGCAAGACUGCUACGCCUCGAGAAGCACGACCGGCUAUUCCGUCUACGUCAUUCCCUUCAACACCAGCUGCGACAGCUUCCUGCUGCUUCCCGCGGAGCAGCUAUGGAGUCCGGCGGUGCGGUCGGCGUGGUACCUGGCGGGCAUGCUGUAUUGCUUCGUGGGGCUCGCUGCGAUCGUACGCGUCUUCAUGGAGGCCCUCGACCGCAUCUCCAGCACGUACGCCAUGGUGAGUCGGCGCGACCCUGAGACAGGCCGGGAGGAGCGGCGGAUGGAGAAGGUGUGGAACAGCACGGUGGUGAACAUCGCUCUCAUGGCUCUCGGCACAUCCGCGCCUGAAAUCGUCAUCGCUGUUGUCGACGCCCUCAAGCACCUCAACCAGGGACCUGGCGUGCUGGGAGCGGGCACAGUUUUGGGUUCAGCAGCGUUCAACCUGAUGGUCAUCUCGGCCGUGUGUGUGGUCACGCCACCCGCCCAUUCCAUCAAGCGCAUCCAGGCCGUUGGUGUCUUCCUCCUUGAGCUCGCAGCCAGCACGUGGGCUUACAUCUGGAUCCUGCUCGUGCUCAAGGUCUUCUCCCCUGGCCGUGUCACCAUAGUGGAGGCAUGCAUCACGCUGCUCUUCUUCCCCCUCUUCAUCCUCCUCGCCUACGCCCAAGACCAGCACUGGCAGCACUGGCAGCGCUGGGGGCUGCCCCUGCCUUUCCUGCCCCACCCCACCCCCCGCCCGCCCCGACGCGGCUCCCUCACUCGCUUCAAGAACUAUGGCAGUGGGCAGGCGCUGAUAGCUCCCUCUGCUGCUCAGGGCGGCCGUAAGCUUGCUGCUGGUGGGAAUGCGUUUGGAGCUGGUGCGUGGUGGCGUGCGCUGUGGGGGGACUAUGGAAGCACAGCAGUGGGUGCGGCGGGAGGGAGAGGAGGGGACGGGGUGGGGAAGAGCAGCAGUGACGGUUCGGGAGUGGUGGGGGGAGGGCAGGGAGAGGUGGAAAUGCAGAGGGGGGCGGACGCAGCAAGCAUGAGCAUUGCGGUGGGAGGCGCGGAGGAGGGGACAGGGGAGCAGCAGGCGGUGGAGGGGGGUGGGCAGAGGUCACAUGGGAGCUCGGAUCUGAGUGACUGGGAGCACGUGGUGAGUGUGUGGCUGUUGGGGGUUGGGUUGUGGGGAGUGUCCUACUCCCUCAACGUACCACCAGCAUUGCCGGCAGUGACAGCAGUGUCUGCAGUGCCGCAGAGGUCCAGCAGUAGCAACCUGCGGCGCCGGUCAGCUGCUGGAAUGUCCACUGCUGCUGCCAUGCAGCACGACUCACCCGACCAGUCCCUGUACGUGGCUCACUCGCGCCGUUUGGGGCAGCAUCUCUGGCUGCGCUCACAGCUCCCUGGCCUCUCUCAUUCGCCAGCUCCCGCCGUCCGACCUACACCCCUUGCCUCCCCAGCCCCGCUCGUUCUCAACCCAGCGCAGCAGCAGCAGAAGCAGCAGCAGCAGAAUCAGCGGCAGCAGAGGGAACACCGGGAGGAAGAGGAGAAGGCGGAGGGGCAUGCAAGUGGAGGAGGGGUGGCUGGUGAUGAGCGAGUGGGGCUGGUUGCAGACGGCGGGCAGUUUGUGGAUCUGUUACAAGAGCACUGGACAUUGCUGGCGCAAUCAGGAGAGAGGGAGGUGUGCCGGUUUGAGCACACUCCUGCAAACACCAACGGAGCCGGCAGCAGUGCUGCAAGCUGCACCACCCCUUCUCCUGUCCAGGCCCUCCACUUGUGA